UCUGAAAAUUCAAAUAAUGUAGAGUCCUUAAAAAUUUGUGACAAUUUUAAUUUAAGAGAUUCUUUAAUAAGUCUAAUAAUUAGAUUACAAUCAAAAGUAUCAAUGACGGAAAGCAUUAUAACUGAUAUUCUUGAUGAAUAUGAACAAAUAACAAAUAAUUUGGGUUUAUCAUUAAAAACUAAAGUUGAACAAUUUUUGCAAUCUAAAGAAAUGCUUCAUGACCCUGAUGUUAAUAAUUUAUUACAUUCUUUUGAAAUAGAUAAAUCUUUUGAAGGUUUAAGAACACUUGAAGAACAAAUGGAAAUUUUAACAAAUAAUACAGAAUAUAUCAAGCCUCAGGAAAUACCUUUAGAUAAACGUAUAGAAAAUGCAAUUGAUAAGAAAACAGGCACUUCUGUACCAAGAAUAAUUCUUAAAACUUGUCAAUAUGUUUCUAUAAUAGAUUCUUUAACAAUGGUGCUUAGAAAUAAAGACAUACGCGCUGUAAUAGAAGCAGAGAAAGAAUCAAAUGAUGGCAUUCUUGCAUCUUUUAUUGAUGGGCAGCAUUUUAAAAAUCAUCCUUUUUUUCAGAAAUAUAAACUUGCCAUUAGAAUACAACUUUAUUAUGAUGAACUGGAAAUUGUCAAUCCACUUGGUUCUAAGACCGGUAUUCAUAAAUUAGGAGUCUUUUAUUAUACAAUACAGAAUCUUCCAUCUCACAUGAAUUCUGAAACAAGCAGUAUUCACGUUUUGCUUCUUUGUUGUCAUGUUGACAUACAAAAAUAUAAAAUGAAAAAAAUAUUAAGUCCUUUCUUAGAAGAUCUUGUAAAGUUAGAAAGUGAUGAAGGAGUUGUUAUACUUUCAGAAGAACAAGAAUAUAUUUUGCGUGCAUCAUUGACUGCAUUUGUUGGGGAUGGAUUAGCUGUCCAUGAAGUAUUUAAUUUGCUAGGUCCAUCUUCUCAUUUCUUUUGUCGAAUGUGUCUUUAUACUAGACAAGAUUUGCAUAAUGAUAGCAUAGAAAUUAAACAAUCAAGAAAUAUGGCAGUUUACAAUGAGCACUUAAAUUUACUACAUAAUGCAAACUAUAGCGAUAAUGCUAAAACGUUAACAGGAAUGCAUGGAGAGUGUUGCUUACAUUCAUCUCGUUUCUUUCAUAUAUGUAAAAACCUUAUUUUUGAUCCAAUGCAUGAUAUUCUUUGUGGUAUUGGACCAAUGAUAUUAAAGUUAGUUUUAAUUCGUUAUACUUUGGAAAUAAAAUUGUUUCAUAUAAAUGAUUUUAACAACAGAAUAGCAUCAUUUCAAUAUGGUUUUGUUGAAAGAAAGAAUAAGCCUUCGGCAAAUUUCAGUGAAAGAAUAUUGCGUGUAAAAGGGCAUACUUUAAAUCAAAAAGCUAUGCAAAUAUGGUGUCUUUUUCGCGUUUUCCCUUUCUUAAUUUCUGAUUGGGUCUUGACAGGAGAAGAACAUCUACAGCUGAUUCUCAUUUUGCUAAGAAUUAUGGAAAUCGUAUUUGCGCCAAAAGUUACAGUUUUUCUUAUGUCUUAUUUGAGAGCCCUCAUUAUAGAUUUUUUGGAAACAUUCAAACAACUUUUCCCUGAUGUACAUAUGAUAAAUAAAUUCCAUCAUUUAACUCAUUACCCAGAUUGUAUGUUGUGGUCAGGACCUCUUCAAUUGUACAACUGUAUGCGUUAUGAAGCCAAACAUAAUGAAAUAAAACUAAGAGCACAAAAUGUUCAUAAUUUUAAAAAUCCACCGAAAACAUUAAUAAGAAUUGUUCUCAAAGUGCUAGAUGGGGAAAAGGAAAUGCCACAAUUAUUCGAGUUGAGCCAUUAAAUGGAGAAAUAGUUACAGUGCAAAAUUGCCAAAGUCGUACAUAUUUACAUGAUCUAGAAUAUGUUGAUACUGAUUCUAUAUUUACCACUAAUGCUAUAAAAAUAAAUGGUUUGGAAUUUCGAUUUAAUUUAUUAGUAUGUCUUAAAAUUGAUAAAGAAAACGGAAAAAAUUUGCCUCUUUUUGGAUGUAUUAAAGAAAUUUUAAUGUUGAAUAGAAAUGAAGUAUACUUUUUGACCACAUUAUAUAAAACUCAUUUAUUUGAUACUGAUUUUAAUGCCUAUCAUGUCGAUUGGGAAAUGCAUAACAUUUCACAGCUUUUUGUGAACUGUCUUAGUCUUGCAUAUUACAAACCAUUAUCUAUCUGGUCAGAACCAACAUCCAAUAAUUUUUAUGUUAGUCUCCGUCACAUUUUAUUAUGAUGGAAAUGGAGUUUUUUUUCAUCGCAUCAUUUUAGCAAAAAAUAUGAAAAGAUCGAAGGCUCCUCUUUCCUUUUACUCAAUGCACAGGAUUUAAAUGAUAUGAAAAUAAAGAAAGGACCAGCAAAAAAGAUUUUAAAAUUUCUUGAGGAAUGUUCUCAAACUUCUUCUGAGGUUGCUAAACGUGUGGAGCAACUAUUGGAUACAGAAGAAAAAAUAGAAAUUGUAGAACAACCAGGAGAAAUUAUUUUACCUGCAAAUAUUGACUCUGAAAAUUGGACAACAAUUGCUGAAAUACCAUCUACCAGCAGCAAUAUUGCUUCAGUUACAACUGCAACUUCUAAUGAAGAAAUAUCUAUACCCAAAGAAUCUUUUUCGCUAUAUUCUUUUUUGUAUCAGAAAACUAAAUUAGCGUUUAUAGUCAAAAUAUUUUUAAAAAAUUAAAAAUUUUAUGUAAUGCAGCGUUUCACAACUGUUCGUAAGACGCUUCUACAUCAUCUGCAAGGUGCUAAUGUUUUGGCAGCUGUAGAAGACAUAUUUACAGAAAGUCAUAGACGAAGCCUUAUAAGAAUAGUAACUUCUGAAUUAGUAAAAACACACAAAGUUAACUACUAUCCACCUGAAGAAGCCAAAGUAGCUCUUGCCGAAAGUAUUGUAACAGAAUUUUCAAAAUUACGUGACCCCGAAACAACUAAAGGAUAUGAACUUUACUAUGAUCCAUUUAGUAAAAGAGGUUUUAUUGAAUAUCGUCUUUGGACAAUUAGAAAAAAUAUUUCACCUGCCAAGAAAAAAUAUACUGCAAAAAAAAAGAAAAAUGGGUCAACCUUCAUCCUCUGCAGACAGUUCAGAUGACGAAAAUGAUGACUUGCUUUCUGAAGAUUUGUAUCAAGAAAAGAUUUCAUGGAUGAAAUUUAAAGUACCGUCUAAAACGAAUAAAUCUGCAAUAUCAGAAUGUAUGAACAUUACUAUGAAAAAUCGAAGAAAAUGGAUUUUAGAAAAUCUUCCUACAAUAGACGAAAUAUUUGAUCACUUUCCUCGAUUAGCUGAUUAUUCUGGUCAAAUGAUUGAUGAGGAGUUUGACAGAUUGUACAGCGGAGCUUCUGAUAACUUUUUAACAAAAUUUUCUACAUAUUAUGUUCCUAGAAUUCUUACAUACUGCAACACAGUGAGAAAAGAUUUAUAUAGAGUUUCAAAUUUUAUUG